AACCGACUUGAACACUUCACGUCGCCGUGCAAGAAGUGCGGGAGUGAAGUUAACAAUUGUUAGGGUUAGUUGCACGGUGUGACCGAGUCGCACAUAUAACAAAGUGGUGCGCGUGUCACUGUUAACGACGAAAAAUUUUCACUCGAACAGGUAACGCAUUGCGGCAAGAUGAGUGGCCUGUUAAAGUUAUCGUCUUUAUUGGCGAGGAAUCCACCGACAACGACGUUGAACAAAUUGGGAUUACCGGUCAUUACAAAUCGCAAAUUGCAUUAUACGCCAGAUGGCAAGGCUGCAAAAGUCUCAGACGGUGUUUCCAAGCAUUAUCCAUUGGUAGAUCAUACUUAUGAUGCUGUUGUUGUGGGUGCUGGUGGAGCAGGAUUGCGUGCAGCUUAUGGCUUGGUUGCUGAAGGAUUCAAGACAGCGGUCAUUACUAAAUUAUUUCCCACAAGAUCCCAUACUGUUGCUGCUCAAGGAGGUAUUAAUGCCGCUUUGGGUAAUAUGGAGGAUGAUAAUUGGCAAUGGCACAUGUAUGAUACUGUUAAGGGAUCUGACUGGUUAGGUGAUCAGGAUGCUAUUCAUUACAUGACACGUGAAGCCCCAAAAGCAGUCAUUGAAUUGGAAAAUUGUGGCAUGCCUUUCAGUCGAACUUCAGAUGGCAAAAUAUAUCAACGUGCUUUUGGUGGGCAAUCUCUGAAAUUUGGAAAAGGUGGCCAAGCACACAGAUGUUGUUGUGUAGCAGACAGAACUGGUCAUUCUUUGCUUCACACAUUGUAUGGUCAAUCACUGAGCUAUGAUUGCAACUAUUUUGUUGAAUAUUUUGCUCUGGACUUAUUAAUGGAGGAUGGAGAGUGCAGAGGAGUGAUUGCUCUUAAUUUAGAGGAUGGCACACUUCAUCGUUUUCAUGCCAAGAAUACGGUAUUAGCGACUGGAGGCUACGGUCGCGCAUAUUUUUCUUGUACAUCUGCUCACACAUGCACUGGUGAUGGUACUGCAAUGAUAUCUAGAGCCAAUUUACCUAAUCAAGACUUGGAAUUCGUGCAGUUUCAUCCUACUGGAAUAUAUGGAGCUGGUUGCCUCAUCACUGAAGGCAGUCGCGGUGAAGGAGGCUAUCUCGUAAAUAGUGAAGGUGAAAGGUUUAUGGAACGUUAUGCUCCAGUCGCAAAAGAUUUAGCCUCUAGGGAUGUUGUAUCUAGGUCUAUGACUAUAGAAAUCCGGGAAGGCAGAGGCGUUGGUCCAGAGAAGGACCAUAUCUACUUGCAACUCCAUCACUUACCACCUGAACAGUUAGCGGCAAGGUUACCUGGAAUUUCGGAAACAGCAAUGAUAUUUGCAGGAGUCGAUGUAACAAGAGAACCUAUUCCUGUCAUACCUACGGUACAUUACAAUAUGGGAGGAAUACCUACAAACUACAAAGGACAGGUUCUAACGAGGAAAAAUAAUCAGGAUACAGUUGUGCCUGGACUUUACGCUUGUGGAGAAGCAGCUUGUGCGUCUGUUCAUGGUGCCAAUCGUCUUGGUGCAAAUUCAUUAUUAGAUUUAGUCGUGUUUGGCCGAGCUUGUGCUAAAACAAUUGCAGCAGAAAAUAAACCAGGAGAAGCUAUUGGACCUUUGAAACCUAAUGCUGGAGAACAAAGUGUAGCGAAUUUGGAUUGGGUUAGAAAUGCAAAUGGCAAUAUUUCUACUGCAGAAUUGAGAUUGAGCAUGCAGAAGACAAUGCAAACUCAUGCAGCCGUGUUCAGAACGGCUGAAACGUUGCAAGAGGGAUGUCAGAAAAUGUCUGCGUUGUAUAAAAAGUUGAACGAUCUGAAGGUGUCGGACAAAUCAAUGAUAUGGAAUUCUGAUCUUAUAGAAUCUCUUGAAUUGCAAAAUUUAAUGAUCAACGCUAUGCAAACAAUAGUAGCUGCUGAAAAUAGGAAAGAAAGUCGCGGGGCUCAUGCGCGCGAAGAUUUUAAAGAUAGAAUCGACGAAUACGAUUACAGUAAAUCGAUAGAAAACCAACAGCCCAAACCAUUAGAUCAACAUUGGCGAAAACACACUCUUACACACAUCAACCUCCAAACAGGCGAAGUAUCUAUCGAUUUUAGACCAGUUAUAGAUAAUACUCUAAAUAAACAAGAAUGUGCGACGGUUCCACCUGCAAUUCGUUCCUACUAAGAUUUUGUUCAAAGACGGAACACAACCGACAAGAAGAAGUUACCGAUAUCCUAUCAUUACAAUACAGCAACUUUAUUUAUUAUUGCACGUGAACCAUGUGCACCAAAGUGUAAUUCUUGUCAGUACUUGCACACGUUGCAAGCAAGAUUAGUUGUCCUUGUAGGAUAAUGGUGCUGAGAUUAUCUUCAUUAUUUCAAAGAAGAGUUUGACCGAUCUCCUAGCGAAUCAAUGUUACGUUUACGUAAAUUAAAUAGUAAAAUAUUUUAGCGUGAUUCAGGCAGCAAAUAAUUUCACGCACAGAUCUUUUAUGGAGGAACAUUGUCCCUACCUCUAUGCGAUCUUUUCAGUAUUUCUCUUCGCGUAAUUCUCAGUCGGAACAAUGCCUUUUUCUACCGAACAGUUUUGCAAAUUGUAUCCAAUAAUGUUAAGAGCUAUUUAAUGGAGAUAUUUUGUACGAUAAUCCAUGAGUUAGUACUCCUUAAAAGGUUGUGCAACAAAAAUAUGCCACUUUCAAUGCGGCUAUAUACUUAAGUUCGCGGAUCAAUGUAGAAACAGUCUUAAUGAAGAGCAGUAACUAGAUUUAAUGUAUUUGUGUUCAAAAUUCUUCAGUAUUUGAUAUUUGGUAGUAAAAUUUUUCCUUUCCUAACAUAGCAUAAUUUUAGUUUGGAGUGUCAGUACUUAUUUCAGCAUUCAGUAUAUAGCAUAGUUAGUGUCUUCUUAGCUGAUCGGUCUGUUUCUACGUUGUCUGUUGCAGUCGUGUAUUAUUUUUAUCGUACUAUAUAUUUCGUGAAACACAAUUUAAUUUUGAAAUCAGAAAAUGUAUAAAUGAAAUUAUGUACUUUGACAUAAUUUAACUUGAAUAGACAUGCUACACAGCAUGAUAAAAAUGUACAUAAGAUUGUCAAUAAAAGAGAGAGCUUCGUA